GGUACUGGUAUCAACCAAGAUGGCAAAACCCCAGGAAUCACCGUGCCGAGCUCUGACGCUCAGGUAAAUCUGAUUCGGUCAACAUAUGAGGCGGCCGGUCUUGACUUUUCGCGAACAACUUACUUCGAGGCACACGGGACUGGUACUGCCGUAGGUGAUCCCUUGGAGAUAUCAGCCAUUGGACAGACUAUCGGCUCUGCUAAGACGAAAAACGACUAUCCCCUUCUUGUUGGAUCUGUAAAGAGCAAUAUUGGACACCUUGAAGGUGCAUCGGGCAUUGCUGGAGUCAUCAAAACUGUUCUUGCUUUGGAGAAUGGCAUGAUACCUGCUGUCCACGGGUUUCAGACUCCCAACCCUCGUCUACGCUUAGAGGAAUGGAACAUACUAAUUCCUUCGGAGCUCACACCAUGGCCAACUUCAGGGCUUCGUCGUGCUAGUGUGAACUCGUUCGGAUAUGGUGGAACCAACGCUCAUCUUAUUCUCGACGAUGCGUUUCAUUAUCUGAAGGAAAGAAAUCUGGCCGGUAAUCACAACACACGGAUAGAAUCCAGCACACCACUCUCCCAAAGUACUGAUUCAGGAAUUUCACUUGACGAGGGAGACUCCCUAUUGAAGAAAGAUGGAACAGCCAAGAAAAAGCUGUUCGUCUUUUCAUCACCUGAACAAGAUGGUCUUGCUCGCAUGGCCCAGACAUAUGUAGAGUUUAUCAGAAGCAAUUCGAGCUUGAACGACAGCGAACUGCCUCUUGAGAAAAGCACAGAGAUGGCUGCUCUAGCCUACACCCUUUCCGAGCGGAGAACCAUCUUUGAUUGGAGAAGCUUUGCUAUCGCAGGGUCGAUGGAGAGUCUCGCAGAAUCAUUGGAGAGGACUCUGCCUAAAAUUUCCCGUGCUGUCAAGUCCCCAUCCUGUGCUUUUGUCUUUACUGGACAAGGAGCACAAUGGUUCGCCAUGGGAAGAGAACUGCAGGAUUACGAGGUCUUUAAGGACAGCAUCACCGCGGCGAACGAAUACAUCUCCUCACUUGGAUGUACCUGGUCUGUUCUGGAGGAGCUCAACCGUGAUGAAGAUGAGAGCCACGUCAAUGAACCCCAAAUCUCCCAACCAUUGUGCACUGUUCUUCAGAUUGCACUGGUAGACCUUCUAAAUCACUGGGGUUUGCGCCCAAAAGCCGUCGUGGGCCACUCGAGCGGUGAAAUAGCUGCAGCGUAUGCUGCCGGUAUUUUGAACAAGGAGGGAGCCUGGAAAGUCUCUUACCAUCGGGGAGUUCACUCAGCUGAAAUACCGACCCUUUUACCGGACCGUAAAGGUUCAAUGAUGGCAGCAGGUAUCUCCGAAGCCGCAGCGCAAAAGUACCUUGACAAAGCCACAGCAGGUGAAGCAAUAGUGGCUUGCAUCAACAGUCCCCAGAGCGUAACAAUAUCCGGCGAUUCCACCGCUGUGUCAGAGAUCGAGGAUAUGUUCAAGGCUGAUAACAUCUGGUGUAGAAAGCUCAAAGUUCAGACAGCAUAUCAUUCGCCUCACAUGAAGGUGAUAGCUGAAAAAUAUCUGGAAUCUGUCCGUGAUGUUCUGCCAAGCGAACAGUCAAAUGUCUCCUUUUUUUCAUCCGUCACGGGAUCCGAGAUCUCCCACGUCGACAUGGGAGCAGAAUAUUGGGUGAAGAACCUUCUUAGUCCAGUUAGGUUCUCUGAGGCCGUCACGGCCCUUAUCAGCCAGCGUACCACAAGAAGUCGCCGUAAGGGAAUGGCCAGCGUCGGGGGUCUAAUUGAGAUUGGGCCUCAUUCAGCUUUGCAAGGACCACUAAGGGAUAUUGUGGCCGAUAUCUCGGAGUCGUACCUCAAGACUGUAAACUAUACAUCCGUGCUACAACGAGGAGUUGAUGCCACAGAGAGCGCAUUGCAUGCGGCCGGGCGACUAUGGAGUUUGGGGUUCAGUCUGGACCUAGCACUUGUCAACUCCACGUCGAAAACCCCGGUCAGUUCCAGAGCGUUGGUCAAUUUGCCCAGGUAUCCGUUCAACCACAAGCGACGAUACUGGAACGAAUCACGUUCCAAUUUGAGAAGACGGACCAGGGAUCGACCUAGAUCCGACUUGCUCGGUCAACAGGUGGAAGACUACAACUUAGUCUCCCCUCGCUGGACUAAUUUCCUAAAGCCGAUCGAGAUCCCUUGGCUUAUGGAUCACCGAAUUCAAGGAAUGAUCGUUCUCCCGGCUGCAGCUAUGCUUGCUAUGGUGUUGGAGGCUUGCCAGGAAACUGCAAAUCAAUCAGAGGUUCUCCAGGGUUACCAAUUCCGAGACGUCUCUUUCCACAAAGCCAUGCUCUUCACCUCCCCCGUUGUGGCUAUAGAGACAGUGGUGGAACUCAAACCCCACAAUUUUGGAACGAAAGUGAAUACAUCUCACUGGACUCACUAUUCAAUUUUGUCCAUUGGACCUGAUAUUACCUCUCUUGAGCACUGCUCGGGUCUUGUGAAAACCAUCUAUGCGACUAAGCCCAACGAAAUUGGUAACUGUAUGGAAGCUACCCGGGAGUGGAACUCCUACAAACAAGAGUAUUUGUCUAUUCAGGAAAAGCCGACUAAGGAGCGUCACGUUGGUCGUGUAUAUGAUAAGCUCAACGGCCUAGGCCUUCAAUUUGGGCCUCUGUUCCGGAAUAUUACACGCGUUCAUUCUGGCGACGGCUUCGGCUAUUGCGAGCUUCAGAUUCCGGACACGGCCGCAAGGAUGCCUGAGAACUUCGAGUAUCCCAGUCCAAUUCACCCCACUGUGCUUGACGGCAUAUUUCAGAUGAUGGCAUGUUGUGGAACGGUGGAGAGUGACUCUCCUCCCAUGGUUCCAAGCUUCAUUGAGUCUUUGUAUGUUGCGGCUUCUCUCCCAUCCGCCACCGGAUCCAUUCUGAAAGGAUUCAGUACCUUGAAGCCUAAACAACGCCUCCAGCAGCUUGGUUCUGUCAUUGUAUCUGACGAUUCAUGGAAUGAGCCCAAGAUACUGUUAAAAGGCUUUGUUUGCACCGAGCUCUCUUCUCGUUCCACCAAAGCUCCUUCCAGGAAUAUCUGUUCCCACUUUGAGUGGAAGAUGGACAUUGGAACCUCACAUAUAACAACAAGCAAGCUUUUGAACCAGCAUCGUUUCUCCCUUGAUCCGGUUCUUGUGAGAAGUGCUUCACUUUGUGACCAGGCCGUGUCCGAAUUCAUUCAGGACUCUCUAGUUCCUGUAUCCACUGAGCCUGAGAAAGAGGCCGAUCUAACAUUGCAAAGCUACAUCCGUUGGAUGCGCAGUGUUGCAAAUAUGUCAUACAGUAGCCUCUCGAGCACAGGCUCUGUCGCUUUCGAAAGCUCUCCGACAAUGGAGGCAAUUGAGACAGUUAGAAACAAGCUAGACAACAUCAUCAACAAACCGGGCGCUAGAAUCGAGGUGUUAAACGAGGAGUUCAUCUCAAAGUUCAUUGAUAGUUCCAUAGGCUGGCCCUUUGUCAACUCGAUAAUGGCAGAAUUCAUGAAUACUAUCGGAUACGUGAGGCCCAACAUGGAAGUUUUGGAAGUUGGAGAUAGCGGAUCAAUAUCCUGUGCAACUUCCGUGUUGGAGCGACUGAGCGGUAAAACGUCGGGGUCUGCACGUUUAACGAAUUACACCUUCACUGACAGCAAACAAGAGACUCUAGCUUCUGCUCAAGAUCUGUUGGAGAAAUGGGCAUCUAUAGUCGAGCUCAAAGUCUUGGAUAUUGAGAAGGACCCUGAAGCUCAAGGCUUCGUGUUGGAAAAGUUUGACUACAUUAUAUUCAACGAGCUCCUAUUGACCACUACCGACCUCGGGUUAGGCCUGCGUAACUUGAAGAAACUAUUGAAGCCUGGCGGUAAAUUACUGCUGGGUGCAAUCACAAAAGCUCAGCUGAGGACGACAUUUGUACUUGGCUCUGAUCCGAGAUGGUGGCGCAACUUCAAUAGAAGUUCGGCUUUAUUCGGCCCACUAGAUGAAGAUGGUUGGGAUAAAGUAUUGAAAGAGAGUGGCUUUGUCGGGGUUGAGCAUUUGAUCCAGGAUUCCGGGGAUGCACACGUUCAUCAGUUGUCUGUGAUGGUAUCCUCUGUCGAACACGAUCCAUCCUUUGAUUUCUCUGAAGUAAUUAUCGUCAACCCAACUACUUCUAUUGAUGGUUGCUCUGCGCUUUCUGUUAACAUUGCGAACCUCUUGAUCAAACUUGGGUUAUCCGUCAACCACAGAACCUUGGAUACCAUCGGAGAUGUGUCGGGCAAAGUCCUGAUUUCCCUCCUUGAGGUUGAAGUUCCAGUCCUUGAAGAUAUCUCAGAGCAAGUCUUUGAGGCAGUAAAAAGCAUGUUACUAAAUAGCGUGGGUACUUUAUGGAUAACUCGAGGAGGUCAGGUCGUCGGUCCUUCUAAGCCUUAUUCUGGAGUCUCAACUGGACUUUUCCGUGCCCUUCGAUCUGAAGAUCCAGAUAUACGUGUGGGAACACUAGACUUAUCGUCAGGCCUCAAUUUAAAGUCCCAGCUCGCUGCCAACCUGGUUUCCGAAGUCUUUCAGUCUCUUUUCGAGUCUUCCGAACGAGAAGUUAGAGACCAUGAAUUCGCCGAGGACAACGGCUGUCUCUACGUGCCACGACUCCUUGAAGAAUCUGGUAUAAAUUCAGCAAUUGCAGAGAUAAGCAAGCGGCCACAGCCGGUUAUGGAAAGGCUCUUCCAACAGGAUCGGCCGCUGAAGAUGGUCCUUGGUGAGCCCGGCUUGCUCAACACGCUUCAAUUUGUCGACGACGAGCAAUUCCAAGAACCGUUGAAGUCUGACUAUGUUGAAAUGAAGGUCUUGUGUACUGGUCUCAACUUUGUGGACGUUAUGGCGGCCUUGGGGCAAGUCCCUACGCCUACCCUUGGUUGUGAGGCCGGAGGCAUCAUCACCAAGGUUGGGUCGGAUGUGACAAAGUUCAAACCGGGCGACAAAGUUGCGGCGGGCCUUGUUCCAGGUGGUUUCAAUACCCAUAUUCGCAUCAGGCAGACGUUCAUCCAACAUGUCCCUCCACAUAUGACUAUCGAAGGUGCAACCACUAUCAUGAUUGCAUUUUUGACUGCUUGGAUUGGAUUGAUCAACAAGGCCAGGAUAGGUCGAGGAGAGACAGCUCUUAUCCAUUCUGGAGCUGGUGGAGUUGGCCAAGCCGCAAUCCAGAUUUGCCAGCACUUCGGUGUUGAGGUCUAUACGACCAUCGGCUCUAAAUCUAAGAAGGAACUGUUGAUGGAGCGAUACGGCAUUCCAGAAGACCACAUAUUUAACUCCAGGGACAGUUCCUUCGCCCAAGGUCUCAUGAGAAUGACAAAGCGUCGUGGUGUGGAUGUAGUGCUUAAUUCAGUAUCUGGGGAGCUUUUACGUCAGUCAUGGCACUGUCUUGCUGACUUUGGACGCUUUAUCGAGAUUGGAAAACGAGAUCUGCUGGGGAACACCGGCCUCGACAUGGAGCCCUUCCUUCGUGGUGUCAGUUAUAUCGGUGUCAACCUGGAACAGUUCCACCCCACCAGUGCAGUCCAUAUGGAAAGUUCCGAGGCCAUCCAAGAUAUCUUCGACCUACUACACGCCAAACAGCUCAAGGAGCUAUUUCCAAUCACGAUCUACGACUACUCUCAAGUAGAGCAGGCUUUUCGAGCCCUUCAGUCAGGAAAGUUUGCUGGCAAGAUUGUUGUCCGAGCCAAUCCAGAUGAUAUAGUUCCUGUUGUGCCGCGAGCCAAGCCUCCCUUUGUGCUUGAUCCCAACGCUACAUACCUGUUAGCUGGUGGUCUCGGGGGAAUCGGUAGAAGUAUUGCGGACAUGCUGCAGUCCCACGGGGCAAGGCACUUGGCUUUUUUCUCCAGGUCUGGAAACUCUAAAGAGGAGGCAAAGGCUUUUUUGAGGCAAUUAAGACGACAUGGAUGUACUGCAAAUGCUUAUGCUUGUGACAUCUUGGAUCGAGAGAAGGUCUUUGAGACGAUAUCACAAUGCAACUCGGAGAUGCCGCCAAUCAAGGGCCUUGUUCAAUGUUCCAUGGUACUGAGGGACGGAAUCUUUGAAAACACAUCGUAUGAUGACUGGAUCACUUGCACCAGACCCAAGAUCCAAGGGUCUUGGAAUCUCCACGAGGCGCUCCCGAAGGACCUUGACUUCUUUGUCAUGCUUUCGUCCAUUUCAGGAGUUAUUGGAAAUCCCGGGCAAGCCAACUAUUCCGCUGGUAACGUCUACAAAGAUGCACUCGCGUACUUCCGGCGCCGGCAAGGAGCUAAGGCCGUUGCCUUGGAUCUCGGCGCAGUUCGAGACAUCGGCUAUCUCGCUGAGUCUGAGGACACCGUUAAUAGGAGCCAUCUGAAAUUCCUAUAGAUUAGCGAAACAGAUAUCCAUCACCUUGUCAAGUUCGCUAUCAUGGGGCACUUUUCUAGCAAUGACAAGGUGCCUCCUCAAGUGGUCACUGGCUUGGCUUCCGGGGAGGAGAUGAUGGAGGCCGUAAAACGAACUCGCUGGGCCCGUGACGCUAAAUUCUCAAUGUUUUGGAAAACAAGCGGAUUGAACGACCCCGAUGACGGGAUUCAGGCUGGGUUGGAAGCCUUUAAGGCUGAAUCACCAGGGGUGGUGGCCGCAAUUAUCGAAGAUAUCAUCAUCGCGCGUAUCGCAAAAGUUCUGAUGAUGUCUGUGGAGGACAUCAGUAGCACACAGCCCCUCCACUCUUACGGAGGUAAGUUUGCUUCUUCUUUUAUGUGUAAAAGCUCAACACUAACUGUUAAAAAGUGGAUUCUUUGAUAGCGGUUGAGAUCCGAGCAUGGAUAACAAAAGAAUUCCAGUCUGAGAUAUCCGUCUUCGACCUACUUAGUCCAAUCCCUCUCUCCUCCCUAGCCAUGAAGAUUGUAUUAGGAAGUACCCUGUUGCCGGGAAAAUGGAAGCAAGAGACGCAGGAGGAUGACGCGCCCGCAACCGAGAACUAGGGUGGGUUGAUUGCGCUUUUCUGCAACGAUGGUGUCUGGAUUUAUAUGUAUAUAUAAGUAAGCACUGUAUGUAAACGUAUACCUAUAAACAGGAGUGCAUGAUGCUUU